AUGAAUCCCAACGCCUCAGAGUCGUCUCCGCUCCUGCAACAAGCGAAACCGACCUCCCAAACCACCCCCCAAGCUGCGACAGCCCAGCGAACCAAGUCCGUCUCGUUUAGUCCGUCAACCAGGGGAGAGCCGACAAAUGAAGCGCAAGAAGGUAUCAAUCAGCAGAGGAAUCUACAUCCCAGUGCUCCCCCGGUCGUAAGAGGCCCAUCGGGACAGCCUGUGCUAGCGGCGUUGAACAGCAAACUCCGACGCCGGCCACAAGAACCAUCUCUAGGGAUUGCCGGCAAGGUACCUACUAUACCGAAGAUUGGCCCACAGAGAACGACAAAGACGACGCAGAAGCUCAAGCUACUGCCAAACCCGGUGACAGGCGAAGACGAUGUGUGGAUUGAAGAUGAGGUCCCGAGAGAUGUGUACUCUCAAAUCACACGGAUCAAAGAGCCCACAGCCAGAAGAGACGCGGCGAGAUUGGGCAAAGGAGAUAGAGAACGGCUUCCCCGAGUUACGGCGUACUGUACGGCCAAUUCAUACAAACUGGAGAGCGUGAUUAGGUUUCUAAAGUCAAGAGCGGCUACAAGAGGCACGAAUCCGAAGCUCUUCGACGAGUGCGUCUAUUCACCGUACCGCUACGAUGAGGACGACAAGACCAAAUCUUCCCGUCGCCGACGUAGUGAAGGUGCUGGUACUGGUCACACUGGAUUCACACCCCUCAAUGAUACUCGCCCACAACUAGACCGCGGGUUCUCCGAUAGCGAGCUGGAGGUAGAGACACACAAGAACCAAGAACGGGAGGAUCUGCUUGAUAUGCGUGAGAACAAUGACGAGCACCUCCAGUCCUUUUCGCCUCCAUCAUCGCCCCGCGCGCUGAUUACGAACGCUCUAUCAGACGAACCCCUCAUCCUAGAUACGGCAAUUGAUACUCCGGAGGUAUUUCUCUUCGACUACGGUACGGUGGUAAUAUGGGGUAUGACUGUGGAGCAGGAAACCCGGUUUCUCAACGAAGUAUCGAGAUUUGCCAACUCAGUGUUGAGUUCAGAGGACAUGCAAGUUGAGAACUUCAACUUCUACUACACCCGAGACUACCAGGCUCGAAUAUACAACGACUUCAUCUCCCUCCGGGAUCCCCGCAGCUACAUGACGAAACUCGCCAUCUCCCACGCACUAUCUCAAUCUGUCAAGACAUCGCUCUUCGAAGACCUGGUCAGCGAAACCAUCACUGCUACGUCGCCGUUGCCAUCGCAGAUCGCUCAGACUGGUGGUGUAAACCUUACGCGCAGACAGAUAAACAUGCAGAUUGGCGAGCUUUUUAUACUUCGAAUCAACAUUCACCUUCAAGGGUCUGUGCUGGACAGCCCCGAACUCAUGUGGGCCGAACCUCGGCUUGAUCCGAUCUACCAGGCUGUGAGAAGUUAUCUGGAAAUGAACCAGCGGGUGGGGCUUCUCACGGAGCGGUUGGAUGUUAUAGCCGAUCUACUUGCUGUUCUGAAGGACCAGUCAAGUCACAGGCAUGGAGAGUACCUUGAAUGGAUCGUGAUCAUUCUAAUCGGUGCCGAAAUUGUCAUUGCAGCAAUAAAUAUCGUUGUCGACCUUUAUGCUGGCUUGGAUUAA